AUGCCUCUACCUCGCCGAUCCCCUCGCUCGACACCUAGGGCCUCGACGACAGUGGUUCCUCGCAGCCUCCAGCCGCUGCUCCAGCAGGCAAGGCAGACCAUCAGUGACCAGCAACAAGCCAUCACCACCUUGCAGGCCAACAUGGCGGCGCUCAUCACACGAGGCAACGUGGCGCCCGCCCCUCGGGUGCCUCUCUCGGCUGCCCCCGAGAAAUGCGACCUGGAUAUGAUACCAGCUGCAUUCAGGUCGUGGAAACGGUCCAUGGAGUGCUGGCUUCUCCUCUGCAAGUGGCCACGCCAGGAAGCGGUCCAUCACGUCAGACUCCUCUGUGGCCCCCCGCUGCAACGUGCCUUGGACGCCACAUUCACCUUCAACCAGUGGAGCGCCCUCACACAGCAGGAGGCGCUGGACGCCAUUGGUAACCUAGUGCUUCGCUCCUCCACCCCGGCAGUGCACCUCAACCUCUCUGAGUACUUGCUAUUGAAAAAGCUUGUGGUAGGCAUCCGCGACACGGGCCUCAAACAGCAGGUGUAUCAGGCGUGUGACUCGUUAGGCAGUGUGGACGCCCUAAGGGCCAUGUGUUGUGCAUAUGAGGCAGCCCGCCAACACACCACAGGCGUAGGCGGUUGGUGGGAAAGCAGUCGCGCGGCUGGCACCGUGCGGGCCGAGGAGAACGGGAACCAGACGCUCGACGCCGCCGCUGCCACCACCUCUGGCAAGACACAGCCCUCACGUACUUGCUGGAACUGUGGUACUUCGCACGCCCCUGACAGAGCUUCCUGCCCGGCCAGGGAAGCAGUCUGCGUCGCCUGUCGUAAGAAAGGUCACUUCAAGAGGUGCUGCAGGAGCUCCAAGCGCCCACACGGCACUGCAUCUGCCUACGCCGUCUCGGGAUCAGUGACAACGGCAGGCGCGAACGUGUCCCGCCAACCCACCAUAGAGGUAACAGUGGCGCUUGGCAAGGGCGCCAAGCACCGCACAGCAGCUGUGGCGGACACCGGCGCCCAGGUGUGCGUCGCGGGGGCGGCCCUCCUGUCCAGUCUCAACAUACACCCCACGCAGCUACAGGGAUGUGCAGGCUUGCGGGAUGUAGCGGACUUGCCCUUACGGUGCCUCGGAUCGUGCCGGUGUGACAUUUACCUUGGCGGCCAUGCUACACAGCAAGAAGUAUACUUCGUACCCUCCGCCAGGUCGCUGUUCCUGUCACUGAGCGCGUGCAAGGAGCUGGGGCUGGUGCCCGCCGGCUUCCCUCACCACUCCCUGCCGACAGUGCAAGCAGUGGAAGCGCGUGACACGACCGCCGAGCCUGCCCAGCCGCCUGCCAAGCCCGCCACGAUACCAUUCCCGCCACACGAGGAGCACGUACGACGGCUAGAGGAGUGGCUACUACAACACUUCUCGGCCUCCGCCUUCAACACCACAAGGAGCCCGCUGCCCGUGAUGGACGGCGAGCCUCACCACAUCCACCUGGCACCCAACGCUGUCCCCUACGCCCGCCACACGCCCGCCUCGGUGCCGAAACACUGGGAGGACGAGGUGAAAGCCCAGCUUGAAGACGACGUACGGCGAGGCGUCAUCGAGCCCGUCCCGGCAGGGGAACCCACGGAGUGGUGUGCCCGCAUGGUUGUGGUAGUAAAGAAAUCAGGGCAACCGCGGCGCACCGUCGAUUACCAGCGCCUCAACGCCGCAUGCCGCAGAGAGACACACCACACCCCCGCCCCCUUCGACAUGGUGUCUAGUGUCCCCAAACAUUGCUUCAAGACAGUGGCUGACGCUUAUUGGGGGUACCACCAAGUCAGGCUGGACGAGGAGAGUCGAAGUCUCACCAUCUUCAUCACCCCAUGGGGGAGGUUCAGGUACCUCCGGACCCCCAUGGGCCACUGUUCUGCUGGCGACUCAUACACAAAGCGCUUCGAUGACGCCAUCCAAGGCAUCGUGAGGAAGCACAAGUGUAUCGACGUCACCCUCUUCUACGACAGCAACAUCGAAGACGCAUUCUGGCACACGUACGAGUUUCUGGCGACCUGUGCAGCCAAGGGGAUUACUUUGAAGCCUGAAAAAUUCCAGUUCGCACGGAGGGAGGUGGAUUUCGUGGGUUUUCGCCUCAGCUGGGAGGAGUACAAACCCACAGACGAGCGCCUAGCGGCAAUCAAAAGCUUCAGGAUGCCUGACAAGCCCUCCAUCUCAGACAUCAGGUCGUGGUACGGGUUUGUCAAUCAACUUGCCCCAUUCCUCGCCACAGCCCCAAUCAUGAACGCCGUCAGGGAGCUCCUGAAGAAGCCGUGCGGAAAGGCUGUGUACUGGGACGAGCACCUGCAGGAGAAAUUCCGCCGCGCUCAGGACACCAUAUGCCAGCUUGCAAAGGACGGCCUGGCAUAUUACAACAAAACCCGCCCCACAGUUGCCCUCACAGACUGGAGCAGGGAGGGCAUUGGAUUCAUUAUCCUGCAGCAGUUCUGCCACUGCUCGUCUGCUGCCGCUCCCUUCUGCUGCAGGGCAGGCUGGCGUCUGGCCCUGUGCGGAAGCCGCCACCUCACGGCCGCCGAGACUGGUUACGCCGCGGUAGAGGGGGAAACCUUGGCUGUGCUGUGGUGCCUCCAGAAAGCCCGGCUGUUCUUGUUGGGGUGCCCGAACCUCACCAUCGUCACCGACCACCGCCCUCUCACCAAGCUGCUGGGGGACAGGGCCCUCACAGAAGUCAUCAACCCACGACUCUUCCGGCUUAAGGAGCGAACGCUACAGUACCGCUUUCAAGUCAAAUAUCUGAAAGGAAAAAGGAACGCCGCAGCCGACUUCCUGUCCAGGUACCCAGCCCUCAGAAGCCCCACCACAGACACCGACGCCGACCUGAAUGAGGACCUCACCGAGGCAGUAGCAGCCGUGGUCAUCGCUACAGCCGAACACGAGGGUCACGUUCUCGACGAGUCAGCGGUGAGAAAAUCUGCAGCCGACGACCCUGUCUACCAACUACUACUGGCCAAAGUGUUGGCCGCGGACUGGCACCCACACAAGGCGCAAGAAGUGGCCUGCCUGCGCCCGUUCUAUGGCGUGAGGGACCGGUUGGCAGUCUCUCAAGACCUUGUCACAUACACCUUUGACCAGGGUUGUGUGCGACUCGUGAUUCCUGAGCCCCUCCGCCCACAGGUAGCAGCAAACUUACACGCUGGUCACCAAGGGCUAGAUUCCAUGCUGCGGAGGGCAAGGCAAUGUGUAUACUGGCCCGGGUUGGAAGGGGACCUGCAGCACUACCGGGCGUCGUGCACGUCAUGCGAGACGCACGCUCCCUCUCAGCCCUCAGAAACACUCGUCAUCACGCCGCCCCCAGAGUACCCAUUCCAAUCCACAGUGGCGGACAUGUUUCAGCAUGAGGGGCACACCUACAUGGUCUACGCUGACAGGCUCACUGGAUGGCUAGAACUCGCCCAUUUCCCACACGGUGCUACAUCUAAUAAAAUCAAGAGUCAAAUGAGGCAGUACUUCACGCGAUGGGGCGCCCCGGAACAGCUGUCCACUGAGGGGGGGCCGAACCUGGCGAGCGAGGAAAUGUCGGAAUUCCUCAAGAAGUGGGGUGUCAUUGCACGCCUGUCCUCAGCACAGUACCCACAGUCAAACGGGCGGGCCGAAGCAGCGGUCAAGACGGCCAAAAGAAUCAUCAGAGCCAACACAGGUAGCGGGGGCUCAUUGGACACGGACAAAACCUCCCUCGCUGUGCUGCAGUACCUUAACACCCCGCUGCGAUCUGUCAACAAGUCCCCCGCCCAACUUGCCACCGGAAGGCAGCUGCGUGAUGGCGUGCCAACGGCCCGACGACAUUACAAGGUGGACAGGCACUGGGGAAGGACGCUGCGUGAGAGAUAA